CACCACGAUCAAGCCUGCCAAGUUCAACGCGGUUCAGUCUUAGCUCAGCGUUCGUCUCGGUCGGUACCAUUCAGUUGUACGGGGUUUUCUCGCGGUUUUCAAGUGUUCAACCAGCUCAAUAAACGGGGUUCAUUCAAGUUUUUUAGUGUCUUGUGUGUGUCUCGGUGUUCCUUUUCCUUUCUGUCCGGUGGAACUGGCCGCGAGUUGGUUUCUCUUGUAGGCCUCCGUUACGAAGCGCGCGUGUUUCCAGUGUGUUGAUUCGGAUCUUCAAGUUCUUCAACUACUACUUCUUCUUCUUCUUCGUAGUCGUCGUCAUCUUCGACAUCUCGAUUGGAUUUGCAUUCGUUGGUAUCGAAAUCCGAAAAGCUCUGAGUGCACCGGUCUUUGUCAGUGGCGAAAAUGAACACCACUCGGCAUCGGUUGAUACGCGAGCUGAAUCGAUUAGCGUCGACAUCGGCCACUUCGGCAGCCCCUUCGGCACCUCAGACCACUUCAGCCCAAAGCGCCACCGCCACAGCCACAACAAACAGCAAAACGCAACAGAGCCGUAAAAUCGCCAGCUCCAGCUAUGCCACCAGCACUUGUCCCCACAUGAUGGACGUGGACUCGGUUGCCGUCAAUACCCGACUUCAUCCCGCUCCGGCACACAUCCAACAGCAGGCACCUCCGACGAUCAAGCUGGAGAACGCUCGGCCCUACUCGGAGGUUCCCGGACCGAAGCCGCUGCCCAUUCUUGGAAAUACCUGGCGCGUUUUCCCCAUCAUCGGUCAGUACAAAAUUUCCGAUGUGGCGAUGAUAUCGUUCCUGCUGCACGAACACUUCGGCCGGAUAGUGCGACUGGGAGGUCUCAUCGGACGGCCCGAUCUGCUCUUCGUAUACGACGCUGAUGAAAUUGAAAAGGUCUACCGCAACGAAGGUCCUACCCCAUUCCGGCCAUCGAUGCCCAGUCUGGUCAAGUACAAGAGCGAGCUGCGAAAAGAUUUCUUCGGAGAUUUGCCCGGAGUGGUUGGAGUUCACGGAGAGCCAUGGCGCGAGUUCCGUUCCCGUGUCCAGAAACCAGUCCUCCAGUUGUCCACCGUCCGGCGCUACGUAACACCACUGGAACAGGUUACCGAAGAGUUCAUCGACCGGUGCAAUCAAAUGUUGGACCACAACAAAGAACUUCCGGAUGACUUCGAUAACGAAAUCCACAAGUGGUCCCUGGAGUGCAUCGGUCUGGUGGCGUUGGACACCCGACUCGGCUGCCUGGAACCGAACUUGACAUCGGAUUCCGAACCCCAGCAGAUCAUCAACGCCGCCAAGUACGCUCUGCGCAACGUAGCCACGCUGGAACUGAAGGCACCCUACUGGCGGUACUUCCCGACGCCGCUGUGGACCAAAUACGUGAACAAUAUGGACUAUUUCGUGAAGGUUUGCAUGAAGUACAUCAAGAGUGCCACAAAGCGUAUGAACUUGGGUGAAGGACGUGCUCUGGACGGGGAACCUUCGUUGCUGGAACGAGUCAUCAAAAGCCAAAAAGACGAACGGCUAGCGGUGGUUAUGGCCUUGGAUUUGAUUCUGGUCGGAAUUGAUACCAUUUCGAUGGCAGUGUGCUCAAUUUUGUACCAGCUGGCGACACGACCGGCCGAACAACAGAAGGUCUACGAAGAACUCAAAAGGAUCAUGCCCGAUCCGAAGACUCCACUCACGUAUCAACUGUUGGACCAGGCUCACUACCUGAAAGCAUUUAUCAAGGAGGUUCUUAGGGUUUACAGUACCGUGAUUGGAAACGGACGAACACUGCAGGAGGACACCGUUAUCUGCGGAUAUAGGAUUCCCAAGGGGGUACAAUGCGUCUUCCCGAACCUGGUGACUGGCACGAUGGAGGAGUACGUAACCGACGCCAAGAGCUUCAAGCCGGAACGUUGGCUCAAGCCCAGCCAGGGUGGAACCGGUGACAAUCUGCACCCGUUCUCAACGCUGCCAUACGGUUACGGAGCGCGGAUGUGCCUCGGACGUCGCUUUGCCGAUUUGGAGAUGCAAAUUCUGCUGGCUAAGCUGCUCCGCUCGUACAAGCUCGAAUUCCACCACAAGCCGCUGAAGUACGUGGUGACCUUCAUGUACGCGCCCGAGGGUGCCCUCAAGUUCAAGAUGACGCCCCGAGAGUGAACCGACGAUGGCGCCAACUGGUGAUGGACAAACGACAAGCUUCCUUAGGAUUGUUAGGUUUAUUAUUUUCUACGCGUAGAUACGAGCUUAACCAAUUUACUGUGUACAUAAUCAACUAAUGUUAUUUUUAUACUCUAUCUUAUGAAAUAAAGUUUGUGAGAUGAGA